AUGAACAACCGAAACACCAACAGAUAUAGCGUUACAGCCCUCUACAGCAUGGCCGCCGAGCAGGACGUCGAGGUGGAAGAUGAUCUGGCAAGAGCGCAAAAACGUCUGCGAGAGCUCAAGGGGAGAAUCUCUGCGCAGUCAAAGAAGAACUUUGUUCUGGAGAGAGACGUCCGAUACCUCGACAGUCGCAUCGCGCUCCUCAUUCAGAACCGCAUGGCCCUCGACGAACAGUCAGAGGUCGCCAGCACACUCGAGGACAACGAGUCGGUGCUCGGCACGGCCCUCGACGACCGGCGGAUGCAGCAGUAUGGCAACCUCUUUUUCCUCCUCCAGUCCGAGCCGAGGCAUAUUGCUGCCCUCUGCCGGCUCGUCAGUCUGGCCGAGAUCGACACGCUGCUGCAGACGGUCAUGUUCACCCUGUACGGAAACCAGUACGAGAGCAGGGAGGAGCACCUCCUACUCACCAUGUUCCAGUCCGUCCUCUCUGCCCAGUUUGAGACGGCCACCGACUUUGGCUCCCUGCUCCGUGCCAACACGCCCGUGUCGAGAAUGAUGACGACGUACACGAGGCGAGGACCAGGCCAGAGCUUCCUCAAGGACGUCUUGGCCGAGCGCAUCAACUCGCUCAUCGAGCACAAGGAUCUCAUCCUCGAGGUGAACCCGGUCAAGGUGUACGAGCAGAUGAUUGCCCAGAUCGAAGAGGACACUGGCGCAGUACCAGCCGACCUGCCCAAGGGCGUGCCCCCCGAGGUGGCCCAGGACAAUGCCGACGUGCAGGCCAUCAUCGCGCCCCGGCUGACGAUGCUCAUGGAGAUUGCAAACAGCUUUCUCUCGACCAUCAUCAACUCCAUCGACGAGGUGCCAUACGGGAUCCGGUGGAUCUGCAAGCAAAUUCGCAGCCUGACGAAGCGAAAGUACCCCGACGCCACCGACUUUGCCAUCUGCUCCCUCAUCGGCGGCUUUUUUUUCCUCCGCUUCAUCAACCCGGCCAUUGUCACACCACAGGCCUACAUGCUCGUCGACGGGCCGCCAGCCAAGCACCCCCGACGCACGCUCACCCUCAUCGCCAAGAUGCUGCAGAACCUGGCCAACAAGCCGAGCUAUGCAAAGGAGCAGUACAUGAUGUCGCUCAACCCCUUUGUGGAGAACAACAAGACGAGGAUCAACCAGUUCCUCAAUGCCCUCUGCGACGUCGGCGACUUCUACGACACGCUCGAAAUGGACCAGUACAUGGCGCUGUCCAAAAAGGACCUGCAGAUCCAGAUUACGCUCAACGAGCUCUACGUCACCCACUCGCUCGUCGCCCAGCACCUCGACGUGCUGGCGCCCAACGACAAGCACCAUCUCCGCAUCUGCAUUGGUGAGCUGGGCGCCUCGCCCGGCCAGGUCUCGCGAAAGGAGAACCGGACGCUGGAGCUGCCCCUCUUUUCGCGCUGGGAGACGCCGAUCCAGGACCUCACCACUGCAUUCAUGUCGGAAAACAACGUGACCCAGAACGACAUUCUCUAUAUGGAGACAAAGUCAAUAUUCGUCCAGCUGCUGCGCUCCAUUCCCCAGCUGGCCGAGAAGCGGCCUCUGAAUUUGCCCCUGAUUGCCGAGAGGGCGGCGACGACGAAGGACGCGACGCUGGUCCGCAAGGGCAUCAAGGUCAAGGAGAUGCUCCGCGAGCUCGAGGAGCUCAAGGUUGUCGACCGCAGGGAUGGCUACAGCCUCAUGACGGACGAGGUGGCCAGCGAGCUGGCCCACCUGGGCAACAUGCGCGAGAGAGUCAUGCAGGAGAUGCGGAGCCUCGAGAGCGUGUACAAGACCAUCGUCGGCCACAACAACUACCUGCGAUCCCAGCUCGACACCUACAAGUCGUAUCUGCAGAAUGUGCGCAUGACCAGCGGUGGUGGCAAGGAGCGGCCGACAGGCGGCGUCGGUGUGGUGAGCUUCAACGGAAAGGAAAAGAAGCCAGCAAAGACACAGGCCCAGGGGCCAUUCAAGUUCACCCACGCCCAGAUGGAAAAGGAGGGCGUCAUUGCAUCGAGCAGCGUGCCUGUCGAGCGGCGGCCCUCGAUCUUCUUCUGCAUCGCGUCGCCCCAGCCGGGCAGCUUUGUCAUCUCGCUCAACUACAAGGGCCGCGAGAGGGCCAUUCUCGAAAUGGACCUGACGCUCGACGACAUUCUCGAGAAGCAAAAGGACGGCGUUCAGAUCCUCGACCUCGAGUACGUGCAGCUCGAUGUGGACCAGAUCCUGGCCCUGCUCAACAAGACGUUUGCCAAGCGCAAGUGGUAG